GUACUACAUAUUCAGAUCUACUCACCCAUUACUCACAGGUAAAGAACUAUAUCUAUAACAACGGAAUUCACAAAGCCUUCCGAGAACCCGAAUCAUCAACCAUGUCUUCCUCUCAAUCCCAUGGAAAAGAUUUCGAUUCCGAAGCUGGAACACUCGCUGCCAGCAACAGAAACAGCACAUAUUCCACCAAGUCAACCUAUGAAUUCUCUGACGAAGGCGAUUUGGGCAGCCGAGCUAGCUACCACAAAGCCAAGUCCUCUGGCAAAUUUCUCAAUCAUGAACACUCCGACGAUUUCAGCAAUGAUCUUGAACUCGGUACACUCCCAACUUCAAAUUCUCAAACUGUCCAAAAUGCUACACACAGCCCGAUAGCUCGUCGUGACAACUCCAAUACACUUAUGAAGCGCAUGUGCCGCAACAAAUACCACGAUUUCUGGGUGGUCAGCAUCUACUCUUUUGGAUUAUGUACCGCUAUCAUCCUACCUAUCGCUUUGAUUCCAGCCUACACAAGCGAUAUCAAAUUCACAGUUUCAGUUAUUAUGAAGAACAUUGAAGUUCACAACGGCACCGUCAAUUAUGGAAAUGGUACGACUGCUCCAGUCAACGAUUUCAAUCUUUUUGGUUCGAAUCUCACGGUUGCGACUUGCAAUUACAUCGAUACUAAUGAUUUGUGUACGAAUAACACAUAUCAUCAUAUUAGUAUCUUGUGGCCUUGCUUGAUUCUGUUUGUGGUCCUAUUGUAUAAGUUUAUCUGGGAUAUUGUUGGUGCCACAUGUGGUUUGGUUAAGAUUAGGCUUAGGAGAAGAAGUGCAAAUCAGUAAAUCGAUUCAUCACCUGUGGAGUGCUGAAAUCUAGAGGCAGAGGGCGAUGGGUGGUAGAGGGUGGAAGGCGAAUGGCGGAUGGGGAUGAUUUGUGAUUUGGCGAUAAAAGACAGAGUUCGCUAAACAACGAACCUCUCGGUGCUCUUUGCUGUUUCUUUUCGCAUCUCUUCUACUUUUCUGGAGACGGGGUAUUAAUAUUGUUUUUGAAUCUGUCGAAUGGCUGGGAAACCA